AUGGCCACAUUCUCAUCUCAGUUUACAAUUUCAAGCCUUCUGAUUGUAUCCCUCUUUGCCAAUUCGUGGAUGGCUAUAUUAGCUGUUCAUGCUGAAGAUGCACCCGAAUCAUUAGUCCCAAAACAGAUGAUUUCAAACCAGACAAAUCCCAAUCCUCGUAACGUCAAAGGGGUACGAGGUUUAAUAUCUUCCGACAUGGUCGGAUUCUGUCCAAACCAAACCAUGAACAGCCAGUUAUCAGGCAGUAACCAGGGAGUCUCUCUUUCAGUGCGUCAAUAUAAUGCUGGUGAAAUGGAACCACCUAACAUUAACCCUUAUUCAGCUGAAUUACUUCUGUUAUUGGAAGGCAAUCUUGAGGUAGGAUUUGUAGAUACUCAAAACAAACUCUAUCAGAACACUCUUCAACCCGGGGACAUGUUUUUGUUUCCAUCAGGGCUGGUGAAUUUCAAGUCCAAUCCUAGUAAUGUUUCAGAUGCAAAAACUGUUGCUGUACUUGGAGGAAUCACAGGGAAUGUUUAUCUUCCACCAAUCUUGCUUUCCUCGGGCGUCGAUGACGGGAUACUAGCGCAGUCGUUCAAGACUGAUCAGGCAACCAUUAAGAAACUCAGAGCCGGUAUGGGAUCCCACACUUAG